CGCUCGGCCAGAGUGUUUGCGGCAGGUUCUAACUCCCAGCGCUCUGGGACGCAAUCAAAGCUGAAUCCGGACCCGACUCUUACGGAGCUCUAGAGACAAACCACUUGCAGGCUCCUGGACCGAUAUGGUUGUCAAUAUGACCUACUCGGCCUGUACUCUGACGGUCGUUCUGGCGAUGUUCCGUCAGACAGCAAACGCCCCGUCCUGUCAGGAAGCGUCCGGUCAGUUUAGAGAUGGCCACACAUGCGGCGAUGGACCCCCACCUUGGACCCUUGCUCCUCUUGGAAUCUGCUCACCACACAGUCUCGUGGUGCUCUCUCGGUCACAGCAAUCGGAAAUUCAAUUCGUGCUGCCAUACAUCCAAUACUGGUGCUUGAAAGUCGAUGGCCGCGGAAUUCCACACGUGGCUGCAACGACCAUUAUUCCUCCAAAAGUAACCAGCGAGCAGUGUCUGCUCGCCACGUCAAAUGCGACUGAGCGAAUAUCUUGGUCCGGGGGAGAACUGCAGGGCGCGGAUACAUCAUAUUACAGAGUAUUAUUAUCCGCCUGUCGCCGAGACGCCAGAGUAAUGGAAUCGCUCUCAUCUUCGCGCUGCACCCGGCACAUAAAAGAAAUGUAGAUGUUUGAGGCGACCAACAGGGCUGCAGUGACCUUGCAUCGCAGAUCCAAGAUGCCAAAGGGUCCAGAUCGGCUGACUGCCGGGA